AUGGGAAAACUCGCUGUCCAACUGGCCGCAGGCAUUGCUGGCUCAAUGGUGCUGUUCAGCAUCAUCUCCGCGAUUUUCAUCGUUACUGACAUCAACUCUCUCUACGAGGAGAUUAUGACCGAUAUUGUAGAGUUCAAAGAGAACUCCAACAACGCCUGGACUGUCAUGAUCCAAGCCCAAAGAAAAUCGCAGCCAACCUUCGACCAGUUGAUCCGUCAGCGUCGUCAAUACGACGCCGCUUCCAAUGGCUUUGGCUCCUCUCAAGGAGGUUGUGGCGCUUGCGCUAGAAACGUAAACAACUGCCCACCUGGCCCACCAGGACCUCCAGGUCAGCCCGGACAACCAGGUCAAGACGGAUUCCCUGGAGAUGCUGGACAGCCUGGAUUAGCUGGAAGCUCCCAAAUCGGAGACUUUGGAGGAUCUCGCGGCUGCUUCCCGUGCCCUGCCGGACCUGCCGGCCCACCUGGUCCAAACGGUCCAGCUGGACCUGCCGGCCAAGACGGACAACCUGGAGAGGCCGGAUACGAUGGAGAACCGGGCUUACCAGGAGGUGAAGGACCGAGCGGAGAUGCUGGACAAGACGGACAACCUGGCGCGCCAGGAAACGCUGGACAGCCAGGUGCUCCUGGACAAAGAUCCGUUCCCCUUCCCGGCCCACCAGGACCUGCUGGUCCAGCCGGUCCGCCAGGACAACCAGGACAAGCUGGCGCUCCAGGAAGCUUCCCAGCACCAGGCCCACCAGGACCAGCCGGAGCUCCGGGUCAGCCCGGCUUCCCAGGACAGAAUGGUCAGCCCGGAAGCAAUGGAGGGCCAGGCGCUCCAGGACAUGACGCUCAAUACUGCCCUUGCCCAGCCAGAGGCAGCGUGGCGAGCGUUGGAGGCAAUGCUAACGUUGGAGUUAACACUAACCUUGGCGGCAGUGCCAGUUUUGGAAGCAAUGGUAAUUUUGGAAGCGCUAAUAUCGGGAAUGGAAAUCUCGACAACUGGGGUCAGGACGCCAUUAUCGAAGUGCCCGCCAGUCCCGCUGAUCAGGAGUACGAGCGCAAAAUGAGAAAACUGAGACUUCUCAGACAACGAGCUCGUCAAAUGCUCAUCCGUAAUUAA